AUGUUUUUAAAUUUUUUAUUAUUCUAUUCAAUAGAAUUAAUUGGUGGUUUGUUAAUUAUAAUUGGAGCAGUAUAUUUAUACUUUAAAAAUGUUGUUUAUAAAUAUUGGGAAAAACAAGGUGUUCAUUAUGUUGAGCCAACAUUUUUAAUUGGUAAUUCAGCAGAAUUAAUGAUGGGAAAAAAAUCAAUGGGUACACUUCAUGAAAAAUUCUACGAAGCCAAUAAGCAGUAUGGCUAUUAUGGUGUUUAUGGAACAAAAAAACCAGCACUAGUUGUCAGUGAUCCUGAUUUAAUACGAAAUGUAUUAGUUAAAAAUUUUUCUAAUUUUCAUGAUCGUGGAAUACCUUUUAAUGAAAAAAUUGAUCCAAUAACAGCACAUAUAUUUUUUCUUGGAGGUGCACGUUGGAAAAACUUACGUGCUAAAUUAACACCUACAUUUACUUCCGGCAAGAUGAAGCAAAUGUUUAAUGUAAUGUACAGUUGUGCAGAUAAAAUGACAAAACAUCUUGAAAGUAUUGCUAAAAAUCGAGGAAUUAUUGGAAUAAAAGAAUUGUCUGCAAGACUCACUACUGAUGUUAUUGUUUCAACUGCAUUUGGAAUUGAUAGUAAUUGUAUAGAUAAUCCUGACAGUGAAUUUCGUUAUUGGGGAAAAAAAGCAUUUAAACCAAAUUUAAGAUUAGUUGGUACGCUUGUUGCACCAAACCUUAUGGAUAUAUUUAAAAUUCCAAGUACCGAUCCAGGUGUUUCAAAAUUUUUUACAAAUGCAUUUAAAGAUACUGUUAAUUAUAGAAUUAAAAAUAAUAUUGUUAGACCAGAUUUUAUGAAUUUAUUGAUACAAUUAAUGAAACAAGGAUAUGUUGAAGGUGAUGAUGGAAAACCAUCUCAUAUUUCAGAAACAAUUGAUGGUAAUAUCACCAUUGAUGAAGCUGUUGCCCAAGCAUUUGUCUUCUUUUUAGCUGGAUUUGAGACAACUUCAACAACUAUUUCAUACAGUCUUUAUGAACUAUCAAAAGAAUGUAACAAACACAUUCAAGAUAAAUUGGCUAUUGAAAUAAAUCAAGUUUUGAAAAAUCAUGAUGGAAAAAUUACAUAUGAAUCAACUCAAGAAAUGACAUAUCUUGAUAAAGUUAUUAAUGAAACAUUGAGAAAAUAUCCACCUCUUCCAUUUUUGAAUCGUCAAUGUACAGAAGCAAUUGAACUAGGAGAUACUGGUUUAAAAAUACCAAAAGGUAUGGAUAUUAUUAUUCCAGUAUUGGGUCUACAUCGUGAUCCAAAUAUUUAUCCUGAUCCACAUAAAUUUGAUCCUGAAAGAUUUAAUGAAAAAAAUACUGCAGAAAGACAUCCUUAUGCUUAUUUGGGUUUUGGUGAAGGUCCAAGAAUUUGUAUUGGUUCAAGAUUUGGAUUUCUUCAAGUAAAAAUUGUACUGAUUAGUUUAUUAUCAAAAUAUAAAUUCAGCAAAGCUCCAAGCACACCAGAUGUCCUUGAUUUUGAAUCAUUAUCAAUUGUCUUAAUGUCAAAAAGUGGUAUUGAACUUUUAAUCGAGCCUCGUUAAUUUAAUUUUAUUUUUAUUGAUAAAAAAAAUUUUUAUAAAUUACUUAAUCAUUAUUGUAAUCUUCAACGUUCGAUAAUUAAUUAUCUUGACCUCUUGAUGCCUUUUAAAAAUAAAAAUAAAUAUAUAUU